AUGCCCUGCGUUUGUGGGGCCUGUGGAGUCGCAGAGGAGCAACAGAGUCUACAGAUUCUGGUUGACACCGGAAGCAGUAACUUCGCCGUGGCGGGCGCUCCCCACUCCUACAUAGACUCCUACUUUGACUCAGAGAGGUCCAGCACAUACCGCUCCAAGGGUUUUGACGUCACUGUAAAGUACACUCAAGGCAGCUGGACAGGUGUGGUGGGAGAGGACCUGGUCACCAUCCCCAAAGGCUUCAACAGUUCUUUUCUUGUCAACAUUGCCACUAUUUUUGAGUCUGAGAAUUUCUUUUUGCCGGGGAUUAAGUGGAAUGGAAUCCUGGGGCUUGCCUACGCCACCCUGGCCAAGCCGUCAAGUUCGCUGGAAACCUUCUUUGAUUCCCUGGUGGCCCAAGCGAAGAUCCCCGACGUUUUCUCCAUGCAGAUGUGCGGGGUUGGAUUGCCAGUGGCCGGAUCUGGUACCAACGGAGGUAGUCUUGUCCUGGGUGGGAUUGAACCAAGUUUAUAUAAAGGAGACAUCUGGUAUACCCCCAUCAAGGAGGAGUGGUACUACCAAAUAGAGAUUCUGAAACUGGAAAUUGGAGGCCAGAGCCUUAACCUGGACUGCCGGGAGUACAACGCAGACAAGGCCAUUGUGGACAGCGGCACCACGCUGCUGCGCCUGCCCCAGAAGGUGUUUGAUGCCGUGGUGGAAGCCGUGGCCCGCACAUCCCUGAUUCCAGAAUUCUCGGACGGCUUUUGGACCGGGGCCCAGCUGGCAUGCUGGACGAAUUCGGAAACCCCUUGGUCCUAUUUCCCCAAGAUCUCCAUCUACCUGCGGGAGGAGAACUCCAGCCAGUCCUUCCGGAUCACCAUCCUGCCGCAGCUUUACAUUCAGCCCAUGAUGGGGGCUGGCCUGAAUUAUGAGUGCUACCGAUUCGGCAUCUCACCUUCCACCAACGCGCUGGUGAUCGGGGCGACAGUGAUGGAGGGCUUCUAUGUGGUCUUUGACAGAGCUCGGAAGAGACUGGGCUUCGCUCUAAGCCCAUGCUCAGAGAUCGCAGGGGUUCCAGUGUCAGAAAUUUCCGGACCCUUCUCCACGGAUGACAUUGCCAGCAACUGCGUCCCGGCCCCGUCUUUGAAUGAGCCCGUCCUGUGGAUUGUCUCGUACUCCCUGAUGAGCGCGUGCGGGUUUAUCCUCCUCGUCCUCAUCCUGCUGCUGCUGCUCCCCUGUCCCUGCCGCCACGCACCCCGUGACCCCGAGGCUGUCAACGACGAGUCCUCGCUCGUCAGGCACCGCUGGAAGUGACGGCGCGCCAUCUUGAACUCAGCUGUCCUGAGAAGGACACGGGCCGGGGACACGCCUGGAUGCCGGUCAGGCUGCUUCCUCGGUCCCUGAGUCGGGGUUCUGCUUCCAAUGCCUUCCAGAUUCACUGUAUCUUGAUUAUUCUUGAUUUAAAAGCUUCCGGUCCUUCUUUCUUCCUUCCGAGAGAGAUGAUAAUAAAAAAGGAACCACCUGAAUCUAAA